AUGAUUAGAGUAGCGUUUAUGUUAGUUGUGGCCACUACUGUGGCCAACUGUGUAGCUGUAACUGAAGGCAAUCCAGAUUGGUGGAAAACAGCUGUAUUUUAUCAAAUUUAUCCUCGAUCUUUUAAAGACAGUAACGACGAUGGUAUUGGAGAUCUGCAAGGAAUCUCAUCCAAGCUGCAAUAUUUACACGACCUCGGAGUAAAUGCCACAUGGUUAUCACCAAUUUUCCAAUCACCUCAAGUUGAUCAAGGCUAUGAUAUUAGCGAUUACAGAACUGUAGAUAAUGUUUUCGGAUCUAAUGAAGAAUUGUUAAAUCUAAUUGAGGAAGCCAAGAAACUAGGAAUAAAGAUUAUUCUAGAUUUCGUUCCUAAUCACACAAGUGACAGGCACUACUGGUUUAAUCAAUCUUUGGAUAAUGAUGAGUACUAUAAAGACUUUUAUAUUUGGAGAGAAGGCAGAAACAACAACAGUGAACCCCCAAAUAAUUGGCUUAGUAACUUUAAAGGAAGUGCAUGGACCUACAGAGAAGAAAGACAAAUGUGGUACUAUCAUAACUUCGCAGAAGCCCAACCUGAUCUCAACUACAAUAAUCCUAAAGUCGUACAAGCUAUGAAGGAUGUUUUGACCUACUGGUUAGAUAAUGGAGUUGGGGGAUUUAGGGUUGAUGCUGUUCAAUAUCUGUUUGAAGAUGAAAGUUUUAAAGAUGAGCCACAAUCAGGUGACGAAAAUGCGGGCCCUAAUGAUUACGAAUAUUUGAAACAUAUAUACACCAGUGACUUAGAUAAAACUUAUGAUAUGAUUUAUCAAUGGAGAGACUUGAUGGAAAAUUAUACAAAAACCAAGGGAGGAGAUGAUAGGAUUUUUAUGACAGAGGCGUGGACUACUUUCAAUAACACUAUGUUGUACUACGGCACCAGUGAUGGUUCCAGAUUAGGAGCUCACUUCACAUUUAAUUUUGAUUUUAUUGCUUCUGCCACUGCUAAUUCUUCAGCCAGCGAUCUUAAAGCCAUUAUUGACAGAUGGAUUACUGAACUUCCAAGUCGUUAUGUACCCAAUUGGGUGUUGGGUAACCAUGACAGACACAGAGUAGCAACACGUUACGGCGUUGAACACGUCGACGCCCUUACGAUGAUGCAAGCUAUUUUACCUGGUGUUCAAAUUACGUACAACGGUGAAGAAAUUGGUAUGGUAGACGGACAAGUAACAUGUCAGCAAGGCCAUGAUCCAAUAGAUAAUGCAAAUUGCACUAAAUUUGACGAAGUCAGCAGAGAUUUCGAAAGAACUCCUUUUCAAUGGGAUACUACUAUUAAUGCCGGAUUUAGCAAGGCAGAUCCACAAAGUCUUUGGUUACCAGUUGGUAAAGAUUACAAAACAACUAAUGUUGCAGUAGAGGAAAAGGACAAUAAAAGUCAUCUAUCUAUAUACAAAACUGUUGUAAGUUUGAGGCAUAGCAUACCAAAAGAAGCUACUACAGAAACAAAUUUGGAGGGUAAUGUGCUAAUGAUUACCAGAAACGUAAAUAGCACUAAUGUUUAUCAUUACGUCUAUAACCGAGCUAAUGAAGAAGCAAUUUGUAAUCUCCCACAUAAGUUACAACAUUCAACAUAUAAAAUUAUUGCCGUAAGUGGUAAAUCCACUUAUUCAUUAGGGGACGUAGUUGAGCAAAAACUAAAGCUCGCAAGCAAUGAAAGUCUGAUAUUAAGUGAAAUCGAGAACAGUGAUGAUGCAGCUUCAGGACUGGCAGUAACAUAUAUCACCUUCUUUUCGAUUAUUAUCGGAAUGCUGAACAUUAUUCAGUAAUUUUAAACUUUGUAUUGUGUCUAUUUAUUAAUCUAUUAUUAUCAUUAAGUUGUAAUGUGUUAAGUGUUAAUGUUAUGAAAGUAUACAAUAUGCAAGUACUAAAUAUGACUUAAA